CUCAUUCUCUCCCUCUAACCACAUAAAACUAAUACACCUCACAAUUUCUCAAUCGACACAAAGAUAUCAAAAAAAAAAGUAAAUCUAAGCCUCUAAUAUUCUUCAUCAUGGCCUCAGUAACCUCAGCCACCGUCGCAAUCCCAUCGUUCACCGGUCUCAAAUCCACAAUCUCCAAACCCUCCGCCAUCGUCAGAAUCCCCAAAACAUCACGGAAGCUCACCGUGAAGUCAUCUCUAAAGGACUUCGGAGUCGCGGCCGUAGCUGCUGCAGCUUCAAUCGCUUUGGCUGGAAACGCCAUGGCGAUAGAUGUUCUCUUGGGAUCAGGAGAUGGAGCGUUAGCUUUCGUCCCCAACGAGUUCACAAUAGCGAAAGGAGAGAAGAUUGUGUUCAAGAACAACGCUGGAUUCCCACACAAUGUUGUGUUCGAUGAGGACGAGAUCCCGAGUGGUGUUGACGCGAGCAAGAUCUCCAUGGACGAGCAAGAUCUACUCAACGCUGCGGGAGAGACGUACGAGGUUGCUUUGAUCGAGCCUGGGACUUACAGCUUCUAUUGUGCGCCCCAUCAGGGUGCUGGUAUGGUCGGUAAAGUCACCGUUAACUAAAUAAAGUGUGAAUGUAAGUGAAAGAGUGUCUCUGAACCAAAGUAGAGGCUUUCCUUUUUGUAAUUCUAAAGAGUGUUGAGUCGAAUGGACCGUGAUUUGUUAUAGUAUGAAUGGUUCCAUAAGUGCUUUUUUCCUGGUUUAUAAAUUGUAUGUAGAUUUAUGUCUC